AACUUAUUGAAAUGUGUUUGGUUUUGGUUAUCCAAAAAGUCAUUUGUUAACAACGGUGAUGUUUUUCGUCUUUUGAUUAAUUUGGGUACACUAACGAAAUUUUUGUUAGUUUGAUGGUCAACUUGAGGCUAGUCACAGACUUGGAUGACCAACUACUCUUCCUAAUGGAUUUGUGAGCUUCGAUGCAAUUAAGUUGCUGGAAAAUGGCUUCCAAAUUGACCAAUGGAUUGUCAGACCCUGUUAUAAAAGAAGGGGUUCUAUCCAAAAGAGCAGUAAUAAAAAGAAAAACAUUAUGCGUACAGAACUACAAAAAUAGACUCUUUAAGUUAACUAAAUCCAGCUUGUCAUACUAUGAGGGCGACUUACAGAAUUCAGGUAAAAUCAAAGGUAAAAUACCACUUGAUUUAAUGAAAGUUGUAAUGGAGGUUGAGGACAAGAAACUAGAGGAGAAGGACAAUGUUUUUCAGAUUGUGUAUUCUGAGAAGCAGGAUUACUGUACCCUGUACAUAGUUGCGAGUAGUAAUGCUGAGCGGUAUGCAUGGUUAGAUGCUAUUAGAACAGGGGCCUUAAAAGCUAACGCCCAGUUCUUCAACAAAUACCAUCCUGGGGUGUGGACUAAAAAACUUUCCUAUUAUAAUUGCUGUGAUCAGUCAAAUCGCAAUGCCAUAGGGUGCAAACUUACAGAUACCCUUCCAUCCUCUAACAGUCUUGUACCACCCCCUACUCCCCCUCCACGCCCCAACGACAGAAUAUACAUAGCUGUGUAUGACUAUCAGCCCACAGAUGACUGGGGCUUAGAGCUGAUUGCAGGUGAACAGUACAUAAUUUUAGAAGACUCAGCAGAAAAUUGGUGGUUUGCCAAGAAUAGAGAAGGAAAAGAAGGUUAUAUUCCCUCCAAUUAUAUCAAGAAAAAUUGUGGUCUUGAAGUAUUUGAAUGGUAUUAUAAAGAUUGCUCUCGGGAGCGCAGCAAAAGUUUGCUGACAGCAGCAGGAAAAGAAGGUUGUUUUCUAGUGAGGGAAUCAAUUAGUAGUCCAGGAGAAUACUCACUCUCUAUUUUUACAACAGAAAACGGUGGUAAUGUGAGGCAUUAUCAAAUAAAGCGCAAUGAGAUCGGCCAGUAUUAUAUAUCUAUUAACUACCCACAUAACAGUAUUCAGGAGCUUGUGCAUUACCACAAGUACAAUGCUGGAGGUAUCUACACCAGACUGCGAGAUCCUCCACCACGAGGUGAUGCACCAUCCACCGCUGGUUUCAGUCGCAGCAAAUGGGAUCUGGAUCCAAGCUUGUUGACACGUGGACGAGAAUUAGGACGGGGUUGUUUUGGGGUUGUAUAUGAGGGUAUAUAUAAAAAUGGAAACAUCGCUAUGCCAGUAGCUAUUAAAGAAAUGACAGUCAAACCAUCAUCAGAUGAGGUGUUUCAGGAAUUCAAGACAAUGACGCAGCUUAGUCACCCAAAUCUAGUCCAACUCUAUGGGGUCAUCUUAAACCAGGAGCCUCAGAUGAUCAUCACAGAAUUAUUAAAACAUGGGGCCUUGAAUGGAUACUUGCAGCGCCACAGACAGAAGUUGUUCUAUAACCAGAGCAAGCUGCUGGACUUUGGACUGCAGGUCUGUUGUGGUAUGGAGUAUUUAGAUAGGAAGAGCAUCAUUCACAGAGAUUUAGCAGCGAGAAACUGUUUGGUUGGUAAUGAAGGUGUCGUCAAAGUUGGGGACUUUGGUUUAGCUAGGAUUGUAUUAGAAGAUGAUGACUACCAAAUGUCUGAAGGAACAAAAUUCCCCUUCAAGUGGGCUCCCCCUGAAGUCCUUUACCAUCGGAGGUUCAGCAGUAAAUCUGAUGUUUGGGCUUUUGGCAUUUUACUUUGGGAGAUCUAUUCCUGUGGAGAGAUGCCUUACAGUGGCAUGACAAAUCCCGAAGUCCUGAAAUACGUGGCUGAGGAAGGCAAGAGGUUAGAGAUGCCUAGAGCAGCUCCUGUGCCAGUAUUUGAAGUCAUGAAAAGAUGCUGGGCCACGAAUGCUUAUGACAGACCUACAUUUACUCAGCUCAGAAGCAAUUUGGAGAGCCUGAAUGCAAGGGGAGACUAUAUACCUACAGUUCUGCCAUAAUGGCUAGUCUGGAUAUAAAGCGAGACAAUAUAACUACAUUUAAACGGUUAGCCUUUGUGCAAGGGGAGACCACCCACAAAUCUACCAUAACCUAGCAUGCAAGGGAGGACUAUGCUGAUUCUACAUUUAGCCUGUGUCAAAGGGGAGACUAUCUACAAUUUUACCCUGAGCCUGAGUGAGCAGGAGAGUAUUAAAAUUCUACCAUAAUAUUGUGUGCAAAGAGAGACUUUACCUAAAAUUCUACCAUAGUAUUGUGUGCAAAGAGAGACUUUACCUAAAAUUCUACCAUAGU